AUGGAAGUUUCUGUGAUUGGAAAUCCUCAGACGAGGAUCUUUAGAACAGAAUUAGCGUACAAGGUGAACAGAUUAUGCGUUGGGUCUGAAUCUAAUUCGAUCAAAUCGAGAAAUCGAGUUAGUUUCUAUAGAGAAACUUCGAAAAGGAACGAGAUUAGGCUCCGUUGGUCGCAGAGAUCUAUCAGAUGCGAAGCCUUCGUCUCCGAUAAAGCUCCGUUCUUGAAACCAACCCCAAGAUCUAGAUCGCUCGAGAGCGUAAGAUUAUUCGUUGGUCUUCCUUUGGACACAGUUUCAGACUGUAAUAACGUAAACCACGAGAAAGCCAUUACUGCAGGACUCAGAGCUUUGAAGCUUCUCGGAGUAGAAGGCGUUGAGCUACCAAUUUUCUGGGGAGUAGCUGAGAGAGAAUCCUCAGGAAAGUACCAGUGGUCUGGUUACUUAGCCAUUGCAGAGAUUGUGAAAAAAAUGGGUCUUAAGCUUCACGUUUCACUAUGUUUCCAUGGCUCCAAACAAUCAGAAAUAUCACUCCCGGAUUGGGUUACUCGUGUUGGAGAAACCGAACCUGGGAUCUAUUUUACGGAUCGGUCUGGGAGUCAGUACAAAGAGUGUUUGUCGUUUGGAGUUGAUGAUGUUCUUGUUCUUGAUGGGAAGACUCCUAUGGAAGUUUAUAGAGGUUUCUUUGAGAGCUUCAAGUCAUCUUUCUCUGGAUUUUUGGGGAGCACAAUCACUGGAGUCACUAUUGGUUUGGGACCGGACGGUGAGCUGAAAUACCCUUCUCAUCAAAACAGGAAACACUCAGGCGGUGCAGGAGAGUUUCAGUGCUAUGAUAAGCACAUGCUUUCUGCUCUUAAGCACUAUGCUGAAGCUAAUGGAAACCCGCUUUGGGGACUUGGUGGUCCGCAUGAUGCUCCUUCUUAUGAUCAAGAACCUAGUUCCUCUCAUUUUUUUUCGGAUGGUGGAUCAUGGGAAUCAGAAUAUGGUGAUUUCUUCCUUUCUUGGUACUCGUCUCUUCUUGUCUCUCACGCAGACCGAGUCCUUUCUCUUGCAUCUUCUACAUUUAGCGGUACUGGAUUGCCUCUAUGUGGGAAGUUACCUCUCUUGCACCAGUGGAACAAGCUACGUUCUAGGCCUUCUGAGUUAAUGGCUGGAUUCUACUGCAAUGGGGACUAUGACAGGUAUGAAGCUGUUGCAGAGACCUUUGGAAAGAACUCUUGUAGAAUGAUACUGCCUGGUAUGGAUUUAUCAGACGAGCAUCAAUCUCCGGAAACUCUCUCGAGCCCCGAGUCAUUGCUUGCCCACAUCAAGACUUCUUGCAAGCAACAUGGAGUCAUUGUUUCAGGACAAAACUCAUCCGACGCGAUCCUUAGUGGGUUUGAGAGGAUCAUAGAGAACUUAAAGGAUGAGAAUGCAGCGAUAGAUCUGUUCACGUACCAGAGAAUGGGGGCAUUUUUCUUUUCCCCAGAUCAUUUCCAUGCCUUCACAAUGUUUGUUCGAAACCUUAGCCAGUUUAAGCUACCGGAAGAUGAUCUUCGAGCAGAGGAAGCAGAGGAGGAUGAUGCAACCAAGACGCUAAACACAAGUAUGCAAGCUGCUUAA